GACUCCCGACUGGCUCACUACCAACUUAUAUACAACAAUAAUAAUAAUACGAGAAAAAUAAAUAUUAGGAAUAGUACAAAGGAGUCAAGGUCGUCAACUAAACGUACCGCAUAAUAUUAUUAUUAGAUAGCGGCGGCGGCGGCAUUCGGCAUUUUAGCGACUUGGCGGUCAUUUUUAUCGCUUUAUAGCAUCAGUUUGUUAUACGAGUGUGUGUACGGGAGUGUGUGCGUGUGUGUGAGUGUAUGUGUAUGUGUGAUUGUGUAUUUGCGUUUGUAUGUGCGCGCGCGCGAACAGUAAACAAAAACAACUCAAUAAAUAAUAAACGUUCAACGGACAAAGCAAGUGUUUUGACUUUUGACUUUCAAGUGUGUGUUGCGCGCCGAGACGUUCUGUGCGCCUUUUUUUCGUUCGACCCCUCUUCUGCGUCCGCGCGCUGCUCUAAUCGAACGGCGAAUACCCGGGUUUUAAUACCAAUUUUUUAGCGAACGUCGGUGGACUACGUCUGAGAGUAGGCGUAUUGUUGUUUUAUCCUGAUCGGAAAUCGUCAUUCGUUAAUAGCAAUCCGAAGGUCGGUUUCGGCGACAGCUACGUACCGUCUGGUUCCUGGACAGGGACCCUGUCCGUCCGUAUUGGGCUCUUGUGCGAUCGACGUGAAAAUGGAACCGUCGACGACAUACCCGAAUUUCUGUAAUUGCUGUACACAACGAAAACGGUGCCGCCUGUACAAUCGGCGGAUAUAAACGGUAUUGAAAUUGUACUUUAGUUGUAUCCACCAUGAAACUGUUGGAGAGCUCACAAUUAAUCGAACUGUCGAGAGCACUUUGUGUAGACCGAGGAGAUGUUAAAGUCGUUGCCAGGAUUGAAAGCUAUUCAUGCAAAAUGGUAGGUGAUGAAAAACACAAGUAUAAAAAGUUUUACUCUCAGAGUGGCACACAGCCAGGCGACCUCGAAGCACUGGGCUGUUCACCCAACAGUGAUCCACGAUACGGAAGAAGUCUUAGUGUAUCAGGAGAUGAAGAAGUCCUGUUAUGUGAUACAAUAUCACGCAAAUCUUUAUUUUACUUGAUUGCUACACUUAAUGCAACAUUUGCACCUGACUACGAUUUCACUGAUGCCAAGUCGUCAGAAUUUAGUAGAGAACGCAGUUUGCAGUGGGUUAUGAGAGAUGUGGAUAAUAAUUUAUCAGCAGUCAUUGUAGAACCUACAACAGCAACAUCGUGUGUUGCAUCUAAUCAAACUAUUAUGAAUCACCUACAAAGUAAUACAGCUCCCAAAAAUUACUCACAGUUACGUGAUAAACUCUGGGAAGUAAUUGACAAAGAAAUUGGCAUGUCUCAAUGUGACAUUUACAGCUAUACGCCUGACAUGCGGUCAGAUCCAUUUAGUGAAGAUGGGUGCCUGUGGUCGUUCAACUAUUUCUUUUACAACAAAAAACUAAAAAGAAUUUUAUUUUUUACUUGCCGUCGCAUUAUUAGUUCUUCCUAUCCCAUGGACUUUGAUGGAUCAAUAGGAAAUGGAUCAGAUUCUAUGUUCUUGUCUGACUAUUAUGAUGAUGGAGGUGCUGAUAGCAAUAGUAGGCAUCACAGAGAAAGAAGUCCCUUAAACAAUAGUCGUCGUCGAGGUGGAAAUAGUAAUUUCUAAAUGACAAAUUAAAAAAGGAAAAAUAGUCUAAAUAUAUUUUAACUUACUGUCUCUCUUUUCUUUUUUUAUGCUUUUAACUAUAAUAUAAAUUAUACAUCAGCCAAUAACUAUUAUUAUUCAAGAAAUAAUCAUAAUAUAUAGAUUUAUAAUAUAUAUACAUAGAUAUUGUGUUAUUUUACACAUUUGCACAUUUUUAAUUGUUAUUAUAUAUGAGUAUAAUUAUAUUAGGAUUGUAAAUUGUUUGACAAAUGUUUGGUAAAACUAAGAUAUAGUGUGGUGGAUCUCAGUUAUUGCAUAUUUAAAUAGUCAUGAUUGAUUUUUAUUGUCGCUAAAAUUUUGUUGAUAUUUAUUUAUAUUCAAAUAUAUUAACAAACAAUUUUACUAAAAAUAAUUUAAGUACAACAUUAUUAUCAAAUUAAAAGUUUAUGAAAUUGAAUUUCCAAAAAAAUAAUUUAAGUAUAUUUUAUUUAUAAAUUAUAUUGUUUAAAUAUUAAUAUUAUUUAUUACAAUAACAAAGUAUUAUUAUUAUACAUUAUUAGAUAGUAUUAAAGAACACUGAUCUUUACCUUGAAACUGUUUUAUUUUUUGUAUUGGUUAGAUGAAUUUUAGAUGAACAAAUGAUUUAUUGUAUUCAAAAUGUAAUAGAUAUUAUUUAAAAAGAAAUAUAUUGUCCAAAGAUAAAUAUUAUAAUUAUGUUUGUUUUUAUGAAUUUAAUGUACCUGUUUAUAUUUAAUUAUAUAUAUAACGUUUCCAUUAUAAUUAAGUCUACAAUCCUUAAAUUUUAAAUAUUAUCUUUAUAAAAUUAAUUUUAAAGUGUAUGUAAUACUUGAGUUGAAAAUUUAAAAUCUAUUUACCAGUGGAAAUUUUGUUCUUUACAAAUAUAUUCUACUAAUGCCUUGAUUUAAAGACAAAAACUGCCAUUCAUGGUUUUAUUACUUUAUUUUGUUAUUUAUUAAUUUAUGUUAUUUUAAAAGAUUAAAAGUAACAUAAUACAGUGAGUUCCGCUUAAUGUGAUCACAUUUGUUCAGAUAAUUUUGAUUCUAAUAACCGGUUGAUUCCAUAAAAUAUUUUUUUUAUUGAUUAGUUUAUAUUUAUAUGUAUGUUUAAAAUUAGAUUAAAAUAAAGUGAAGAAACUAUCUAUUUUUAAAUUUUACUUGAGAAUCUACUAAUUUCAUUUUCAUAUUAGCCUGAAAUUAAAAUCCAUAUUCAGUUAAUAUAAUAUAUACAUGAUUUUUAAUUAUUUAAAAAUAAAUAAAUAAUAUUAUAUGUACAUAUUGUACCUAAAGCUUUUGGAACAACUAAAAAGUAUCGUUUUCGACAUUUUUGAACAGCUCCUUUUAAGUUUUUCAAAACAAUUCUUGUUUCUUUUUAUGAAAGUUUGAAAUACCAUCAAAACAAUAAGAAUGUUCUUAAAAAUAAUUCAAUUAUCCGGUACUUGGUGAUUCUAUUUAAAGAUUAAUUUAACAUUAGUAACAUAAGAACUGGUUUGGGAUUUUCAAUUUUGAUUCUAUAAACCAGUGAUCACAUUAAGCGGAACUCACUAUGUAAAUCAAUAAUUUUUGCAUAACUCAAAGUUAGUACUACUAAAACCUAGUAAUAAUUGAUAAAUAAAAUAAUUAAGUACUAAUUAUAAUUAGUAGCAUGUACAUUUUUUAAAUUUGUUUUACCUAUUAUAAAAUAUUUAUUAUGAUUUUCAUUUUAUUAUUUUAUUUAGUAUCUUAUUCAUACUAUUUUAAAAUAAUUAAAAUAAAAAGAACUACCAAAUAUUUGAACAUUGACAGUUUUAAGUUAAAUCAUUCAUUAUCCUUACCAAGUUAUUUAAGAAAAUUAAAAUAAAAAAAAACGAUUCUCUUAUCUAUAAACAGUAAUUUCUGAAAUGUUAAAUAAUAUAUUUCUGAACAUUAUUUUCAAUAUAUAUUAAUUUAUUUAAAUAUAUAGCAAAUAUUGUAUUUCUUAUAAAAAUAGUUAGAAACAUAUUUGCAGAAAAUUAUAAUUUAUUUUUAAAAUCUUACAACACACUGUGCUGUUUAAGUUGUCAUAAUUUCAAUGUAAAUAUAUAUAUUAGAUAAAAACUUAAACAGUAAUACAUUUUAAGUUAUUAAAUGUUGAAUCAUAAUCAAUUUGUAAUUAAUAACUAUUAGAAUACUGUAUUAUUAACAAGUAAUUAUUAUUGGAUGUGGCUGAUGGUGUAUUAAUAACUUAUUGUUUUAUGCUGCAAUUAAUAAAAUGUACAAUUCUAA